GUGUGUGUGAACCUUCACUUGACGUCUAGUCUCUCUGUUGGGGUGCACACGGAUUGACCACUCCUUUGGGCUUUUUUUUCCUUGGAUAUUUAGGGGGGAAAAGCUAAUCCACAAACAUGACUGACGCGCAACAAGAGGCCCGCUCCUACCUGAGCGAGGAAAUGCUGGCUGAGUUCAAAGCCGCCUUCGACAUGUUUGACACCGACGGUGGCGGUGAUAUCAGCACCAAGGAGUUGGGUACUGUGAUGAGGAUGCUGGGCCAGAACCCGACAAGAGAGGAGUUGGAUGAGAUCAUUGAGGAGGUCGACGAGGACGGUAGCGGUACCAUCGACUUCGAGGAGUUCUUGGUCAUGAUGGUGAGGCUCCUAAAGGAAGACCAGGCCGGCAAGAGCGAGGAAGAGUUGGCAGAAUGCUUCCGUGUGUUCGACAAGAACGGCGAUGGUUACAUCGACAGAGAUGAGUUCGCCAUCAUCAUCCGUAGCACUGGCGAGUCCAUCUCAGAGGAGGAGAUUGAUGAGCUGCUGAAGGAUGGAGACAAGAACGCCGACGGCAUGCUGGACUUUGACGAAUUCCUCAAGAUGAUGGAGAAUGUGCAGUAAACCCAAAAAGACUCAUGGACAUUCCUCCUCCCCCCCUGUGAAAUCCUUUCUGAUCCCUCAACUGACCUGCUCUGUCCACCCCGUCACACUCCCCUCCUCCCCUCCUGUCCACCUGGUUCACUGCCUCUCAUCUCCAUCCAUAUAGACAUCCUCAACAGACAGCUAGAGCACCUGGUGGGGGUCGUAGGCUGGGCCCCACUCUUCCUCAGCUCCUGAAUGCAGUGAAUGCCCAGAGCCCAUGGAUGCUGCGCUGAAACUGUACGCUGUGACAGGACGGCAAGGCUGUAGUGGGAAAUUCACUGCACACAUCUAUUGCUGUAUGCAUGAUGUGCAUGUCAUCAGCGACCCCCCCCGCUGCUGAUAAAGCUCUAAUCUAGAUGUAGUCUAGAUAGCUCGGCAGCCUGUUAUCUGCUGCUUAGACCAAUUAUUUCAAUCACUUCACUGUACAAAGAAGUAAUUUGCUUGAAGAGAAUAAAUGAACUAACACACGCUCACUUGUAGUUGGUCUGUCAAUAUUUAUGGUCUGUGUAAAAUUUUGUUUUGAGGAAUAUCAAUAAAAUCUGUUUGUUUCUUC